AGAAGGGGUUAGACGGCCAGUGUUAACUUCCCUCCAAGUAAGCGUGGGGAACACGAGAUUGACCCUCGUAGAGUUUUUUAAUUUUUCCUUUCAAGUCCCGCUCUUCUGAUUCAGUUCGAAACUUCGAAUCAUCUUCGGUCUCCUAUCGAUAUAAAGCGAAAUUGAAGAUGCGUUCCUCCCCAGUUCUUAGUCCUAACAUAUUUGAUCGCAUAAACUUUCUUUCCGAUCAUCAGUAACAGAAGCAGAAUGGGGAUAAUAAGGAGCACAUUCUCUUUGAUGACGGGUACUGUGCUAGGAGUCUACCUUGCCCAGAACUACAACCUUCCCAACAUUAAGAAGCUUGCCAACACCGGGCUCUUGUUUGCAAAGCACAUGGAAGAAAACUAUCGGAAGCCCAAGAAGAGAGACAACGAUGAUGAAUAGCUGCCAAGGAUUUCUCAGGUUUCUUCUUCUUCUACAUUCACCUAUGAUGGUGGGGAUUUAAUCUCGAUUUCUUCUUUGUGGGUAUUCCAGAAAGAAGAAAAUUGGUUAAUACAUGUUAAUAUUGCAAUGCAAGCGAAGAUCAGAGCUGCUGAGUGGGAGUUGUAGUUAGUUUCUUAAUGGAAAUAAAAUUAUAUUAUUUUUUC